AUGUACGAUGUAUUACCUGAUCAAGCUGAAGCCAGAAAAUGGGUGGAAGAGAUAUCUAUUCCAGCCGCUACUCUGGGUUUGCCACUGGUCAUUCUAAUGUUGAUGGUUACUAGAAAUAGCCAGGCUAAUCAAGGUGAAGGAAACAUUGUGUUGGGCGUGAGUGGAUUACAUGGAUGUGUGGCAGGGAUAACGUUGAUCAUGUGCAAUGAACCUUACAGGAAGUUCGUCACCAGACCUCUGAUAGAAUGUGAGUUCAGUGAAAUGCCCAACCUGAAUUUCAUUUGA